UCUUCUUCCACUGGACGACCACAUGUAUGUUCAAUAGCAUACACGCAUGUGUGGACAUACCUAGGUAUGUAUGACCGAGUGAGGGUUUCCAAUCACGUGAUAUCCCAUCCCACCGUAUUAUCUCGAAUAUAUGUAAAGUACAUGAUUCCAACCUCGCAUAGGAAAUCCCUCUUAUGCUUGUGUGUUUUUUUUUCUAAACCCUCAGUGUAUCACCGCUUGCGAUCUAUAUCAUAG